GCUGUUGGUCUAGGAAUACAAUUGUAAUAUUCUAUGCUUUUCAAACAUUGUAAGAAGAUCAUAUAAACACAUUUACCAAAUAAAUCUAAUAAAAUUUAUCCAAAUACCAAAUAAAAUUUAUCAAUCACUCCUUUGCUAAUAAGCUCAUUAUUUGUCAUGGGAGACAAAAUAUGGAAAUAUCGGUUUAUCCCAAACUCUGACACAACUAAAUGGCAGUUUGCCACAUAGCAAAGGGGCGUGUUCUCAUGCAUUUACCGGAAACAUUUAGAGUGUAACUCAGCACAGUGCAGUUUAAUUUUACUCAUUGAACCAUCAUGCCUGGUAGAGGGAGACCACGCAAGGCAAAGAGUCCUGACAUUAAGACAAAUCAAGGCAGAAGUCCAGGAAAAGACGUUACAGAAGUGAGGCAGAAUGGCACCACGAGGGAACAGAAACCAAAGAAGCAGAAAAAUAGAAACCGCACCAAAGGGAAGCCAUGUGUUCAGAGCCCACAAAAAGAAGACAGGAACCACUGCAAAGAGGUCGGCAAGCUGCAAAGGACACCUACAGAAGCUUCUGUACCAGGUGCAAAAACCAAAACACAGACGACAAAGGAUUGUUUGAUGGCCACUGAAGCAGAAACACAUGGUAAACAGGCAUCACCAGCAAAAUCACCAGACAAGGCACCAGAGAAGCAGCAAGAUGCACCGAGUGAUACCACAGAGGUUUGUGUACCACAAAUUAACACUAAACACUGCGCAGAGAACAGCAAGCUACAAAGAAUCCGUAUAGAGGCGCCUUUACAAGGCGCAAAAGCCAAAACCUGUGCUGGGACCACAGAACAGUCUGCAGAAGAGAUGACAGAGAUUCAGCCAGAGACCCCAAAGGACACCACAAAGGCUCUUAAGAAGACCCCCAAAGGAAAAAAAGGUGGUGGCAAAGCCAAAUCGCCAGGGAAGAUCAAAGACAAGGCACCAAAGAAGCAGCAAGAUGCACCGAAUGACACCACAGAGGUUUGUGUACCACAAAUUAACACUAAACACUGCGUGGAGAAUGGCAAGCUACAAAGAAUACCUAUAGAGGCUCCUGUACAAGGUGCAAAAGCCAAAACCUGUGUGGGGACAACAGAACAGUCUACAGAAGAGAGAAAGAUGCAGCCAGAGACGCCAAAGGACACCACAAAGGCUCUUAAGAAGACCCCCAAAGGAAAAAAAGGUGGUGACAAAGCCAAAUUGCCAGGGAAGAUUAAAGACAAGGCACCAAAGAAGCAGCAAGAUGCACCGAAUGACACCACAGAGGUUUGUGUAACACAAAUUAACACUAAACACUGCAUGGAGAAUGGCAAGCUACAAAGAAUACCUAUAGAGGCUCCUGUACAAGGCGCAAAAGCCAAAACCUGUGCUCGCAGGGCCAAAAUGACAGAACAGUCUGCAGAAGCAAUAAAGAUGCAGCCAGAGACCCCAAAGGACACCACAAAGGCUCUUAUAAAGACCCCCAAAGGAAAAAAAGGUGGUGGCAAAGCCAAAUCGCCAGAGAAGAUCAAAGACAAGGCACCAAAGAAGCAGCAAGAUGCACCGAAUGACACCACAGAGGUUUGUGUACCACAAGUUGACACUAAACACUGCGUGGAGAAUGGCAAGCUACAAAGAAUCCGUAUAGAGGUACCUGUACAAGGCGCAAAAGCCAAAACCUGUGCGGGGACAACAGAACAGUCUGCAGAACAGAUAACAAAGAUUCAGCCAGAGACCCAAAAGGAAACCACAAAGGCUUUUAUAAAGUCCCCCAAAGCAAAAACAGGUGGUGGCAAAGCCAAAUCACCGGAGAAAAUCAAAGACAAGGCACUAAAGAAGCAGCAAGGUGCCCCGAAAGAGACCCCAAAGGUUCGUGUACCACAUGUCAGGUGUAAAGAGAACACUGCAGUGGACUCUAUCCUCUCCAAAACUCUGAAACAACUGAAGAUAAGGAGUAAUGAAAGAUCAGAUGCAUCGGAAGUCAUCAAUAAAAUAAUAAAAGAUAUCAUCAUGCAUCUGAAACAGAACACUGUCUGCUUUAAAGAAGUAGAAGAACCGCUACGUACUGGAAGUUACUACGAAAAUCUAAAAAUUUCUAAUCCCGAUGAAUUUGACGUCAUGCUGCCCAUUCCUGUUGGCCGUGUCGACAUUAAACUGUUUGGAGAGGAUGGAGCCUUUUACAGUGUGGCAUUAAAACGUGGCAGGAGCCCACUGCAAAAGUUUCAAGAGGACAGCACCUUAUCCGCGAGCAAAAUGCUCCAGGAGUUCAGGGAUGAAGUGAAGAAAAGUGUGAAGAGAUUUGAAGAAUGGGAAGUGAUGAAAAAGAAAAAAGGCUGCCCUGCAGUGACCCUGAUCACCACAGUGAAAUCAAUCACCAUUUCACUGGAUGUUGUUCUCUGUCUCAUGGUGAAAUCAAACUGGCCACCUUUCACCAAAGAAGGCCUUAAAAUUGAGUCCUGGCUGGGAACCAAAGUAAAAAAGAAUUACAAGCGUAUGUCUUAUUAUCUUGUUCCAAAAUAUGAAGGCAGGGGUACGCUGGAAUUAGAUGGGGUCCUUGCUAAGGAUAUUUGGCGGGUUUCAUUCUCUCAUAUUGAGAAGGCCAUACUGAUGAAUCACGGAUCAGAGAAGACAUGCUGUGAAAAAGAUGGAGCACGCUGCUGCAGGAAGGACUGUUUGAAGCUCCUAAAACACCUCCUCGGACUGCUGAAGGAAAGGGACUCUUCAUUUGACAAGUUCUGCUCCUACCACGUCAAGACCACGCUCCUACGCGCCUGCUGCUCCAGAACUAAAGACAGCGACUGGAGUGACUCGGGUCUAAGUCGCUGCUUUCAGCUGCUCCUGGAGGACUUUGUGGCCCAUCUGAGAAGUGGUAAACUCUACAACUUCUUCAUCCCAACUCAGAACCUGCUCUCUGGUCCAAGCCAGAGAAGUUGCAAUAGUCUGGCUCAUUGUAUGGAAGAGGAACGUGACAAGGGCUUUCCUAUUUUCAAAUAGGGAUACUGUUAUAGAAAUUAGGAUUUAUACUGGGGUUCAGAUGUUUUAACUCAUAAUGUGUGUGUUUCCUGUUUUUUGCAUGUCUCGUGCACUUCCCUUAUUUGGACUGUGUUUUGCUGAGGAUGGCAGGGAGAGAUA